AACACAACAAGUAUAAACUAAAAGCGAAGUACUAUUAAAGUGUAUUACAUGAAUUAAGACUACAUUAUGUGUAAGUAUCCUAUACUUAUAAACCUUUUGAUCGUUAGCGGUUAGUGGACGCUUAUUGCUAAGUUUCAGUUGGUAUUCUCACUGCAAUAAAAACUUAAAACAACAUGAGCCAUCACUUAAAUCUUGACUUUGCUGUACUGCAACCUGGCAAAGAGCCAGCGUCAAAAAAGCUGCAGAAGAAAGCUUCACCUUCAACGUCCGCGAAAAAACGUGAAUCUAAAAAACUGGAUAUUGACAAUAAACAAAUGGAAUGGAGGCUCAACCAGUUGAAGCAGGCAAUGGAAAAACAGAAGGAAGAACGCGGAAAACAGGGUUACAUUUGGAAAUCUGGCAAGAAUGCUUCGCUUGAUUCACAUUCAAGGAAUAUUUUGGGACGUACAGUAAACACAACAAACAAAAGUCCAUCCGCACCAACAAAACCAAAACCAAAGCCCACUGUUACCAUACUGAAGGAUGAACCACUUGAUUUACCAAAAAGAGGGUCUAGGUCCAAGGAACUAUUGGAAACAUUAAAAAACAAAGAUCCUGUACUAAUGGAUAUGAAACCAAGUGAAGAAACACCCAUUGUAAAUAAGGAGAAAUGGAUUUCUGUUGCAUUGGAUCGAUCCCACGAUGAAAUAAUGGAAAUACAAAGUGACAUGCAAGGAAAUCUUCCACUAUCAAGCCUACAUGGUAUUGAACCUUCAGCAGUUGGUCUCUACUUUUUAAGAUGGAGUCGUAAGAGGUUGUUGCCAGCUGUUGACAACAAAGUUAUGAUGCCAAAGUCAGGGUGGGGAAACGAGGUUUAUUAUCCAUAUGUUUCCAACCCUUCUCCUGCCAAGGCGAUAACUGCAUCACCACCACCAAGCUUUAGCUUGCAUAAGAAGACUGAUAAAAAGACAAACUCAACAGAAAAACUACGUAGUUCAAAUUCUUCAAUUUCUGGUGGAAAACUACUGCAGGGAAGUUUUAACGAAGAUGAAAGCGCCAAGUCAUUUCAGGAAGCUUUGAAUAAAUGGAGACAACCUGAACAAAAUGAAACAAUUUCAGUCCCUACACCUUCUGGAAAGGCCACACCUGUUGAAAUGUCAGUACACGCUGUGCAAUCUGAUCCUGUUAAAAUUGACAUUCAAUUCUCUGAAACAUCAACUUUAUCAUACAUGGAACGCUUGCUGCUGAAGAAACACAGGUCGACUGAUGUUCCACCAUUGCCUAAUUUACCAGAAUUUGAAAAUAAAGAAAAUUACUUGGAUUGGAAAAAUGAAAAACUGUCAGAGGAAGAUUUGGAAGAAAGAGAUCGGAUUCGUCAGCUCUUCUCACCAACAUCCGGAGACUUAGAGAGUACGAACUCUGUUUCCACUAUCGAACAAGACAUGGAUGAUCAAACUUGUGUCAUCACUGAAGUUCCAGAUAAAGAAGUAUUGCAUGAUACAUGGACAAACAUAACUGAAAAUGAAGAAAAUAUUUGUUUUGUUGAUGAAGCUUCAGAUGAAGAUGAUAAAUUGUCAAUUGAACGACCAUUUUCAAGGUAGCCUAUAAUAACAGAUAGACG